GGAAGAGCAGCUCGCAGAAAAGUACCCGUAUCCAUGUCUGACCCUGUUGUGAACACAGUCCGACGUUUGAACGCUCUGCAAUUGCUUUUUAUGGGGUUCUGACAGUCGCUGCUCGAAGAUUCGCCCGCGUAUUUGCACUUGGCCUCACCGCUCGCUCCCCACGCAAGGCACGGCCGUUGAUGCCCUGCUGCCAACGCACCUCCGCGGUCGCACAUACCGCCGAACGCUCUGAGUAACACCAAAUCUGCCCAACUCGUUCAUCCUCCCCACCGAACGCUUGCCGUAACCCGCAUCAUCGCCCUUGCGGGCACAACCCGUCAUGAACGGCCCUCCUCCACCGCCGCCGAAGCAUGGCGAGAAUCCGAAGACCACAGGAGGCAGCCAUGCUCCUCCGGGCAGUGGCGGCGGCCUGCCCCCUGGCAACUACGACAUCUUCAUCAUACCACCACACUCAUCGGGCGGUGGGUUCGUGUACCUCCCAAGCCUCCAGGUGCAGCGCAACAGCUUCAUAGCGGGCAUCGCCAGCACCCUCGCUAGCAUUGCCGUCUGGAAGGUCAUGGAGCCCCAUGUGAAACAGUACUUCCAGAUGGCCACCCAGAGCGUCUCGUCAGGCAACAAUGGCACGAUACUGCUGCUGGUGCUCGUGGGCGUUGCAGGCUGGGUCUUCGGUCAGACACAAGGUGGAGGCAAGUUCGGUGCCUUUGGACCAGGAAGCGGACCUCAAGGUGCAACAGGAGCCGGAGCUGGUGCUGGUGCAGCGGGCGCAGGUGCUGGUUACCAACACGGUUCACCGCCGCCCAACGGAAAUUUCCCUGGUGCUGGCGGUCCUCCACCACAGGGCGCAUCAGGCAGCUGGGGUGGAUAUCAACAACAUGGCUAAAGCUGAGGAGGAGCGCAAACGCGCUGAGGAGGAGGAGGCGAGGAAGAAGGCUGAGGCGAAGCGGAAAGAAGACGAUGCGAG